GCGACGUAUGAAGUACGGAGUGUAUAUAAGGUGACCGCAGAGAAACCAUGUUUACCGGCAUCGUAGAGACAGUCGGAGUCGUCUCCGAACUCAAUCCCCAAGCCGAGGACGGCGGCACCAACCUCACCAUCUCGAAUGCGUCCGAAAUCCUAGGAGACUGCCAUCUCGGCGACAGCAUCAGUGUCAAUGGCACCUGCUUGACCGUGACCGCCUUUGACAAAUCUACCUUCAAAGUGGGCGUUGCGCCCGAAACCCUUCGUCGCACGAACCUCGGCUCCCUGAAACAGAAUAGCAAUGUUAACCUAGAGCGCGCGGUCUCGUCGACGACGCGGAUGGGGGGGCACUUUGUUCAAGGACAUGUUGAUACCGUAGCGACGAUAUUAAAGGUUGAGCCGGAUGGAAAUGCCUUGACCUUCAGAUUUCAACCCAGGGAUAAGGGCAUCUUGCGAUAUAUAGUUGAGAAGGGUUACGUUACACUUGAUGGAGCGAGUUUGACCGUCACCAAGGUCGAUGAUGAGGCGGGGUGGUGGGAGGUCAUGUUGAUUGCAUAUACGCAGGAGAAAGUUGUCACAGCGAGCAAGAAGCCUGGUGAGGAGGUGAAUGUGGAGGUGGACCAGAUUGGGAAGUACGUCGAGAAGGCCGUGGAGGGAUACUUCUCGAAGGGAAGUAGUGGGGAACCUGCAAUUCUGGAGAAGAUGGUCGAGAGAAUUGUGGAUGCAAGAUUGUCUAAGGCCAACAAGUGAUCGAGUAACCCUUUCAAUUUCUGUCAGGUUGGCAGUUUUUAAUGCAGUCACGAAGAAG